CCUCCCUCGGACAGCCUGUCAGCAACAAGCCCGAUUCCACUUGAUUGCAGCGGUGCUUUCCAUCGCUCACAUUUGCUCAUAAUAUCGACAGAAAAGGGACUUUUCCCCCCCAUUGACGUUGUCCCGCAGCACUAAACUGGACGAAGGAGGAAGAUGUCGUCCGCUUACAAAGACGGCGAGGAGGACUGGCUGACCGUGUGUCUCAAGUACCUGCUGUUUGUCUUCAACUCGCUCUUUUGGGUGGGUGGUGCCGCCGUCCUGGGCGUGGGCGUGUGGACGCUGGUGGAGAAGAGCGAGUUCUUGAGCCUGCUGGCGUCCAGCACGUUCGCCGUCGCCGCCUACAUCCUCAUCCUGGCCGGCGGCCUGGUGGUCGUCACGGGCUUCCUGGGCUGCUGCGCCGUCAUCCGCGAGCAGAGGAGCUGUCUCUCCGCUUAUUUCUUCUGCCUGCUGUUGAUCUUCCUCAUUGAACUGGUGGCUGGAGUUCUGGCUUAUGUCUAUUACCAGAGGCUGAGCGAGGAGUUGAAGCAGCAUCUCAAACAGACCAUGACGGACAACUACGCCCAGCCGGGGAAGGAGGCCAUCACCUUAGCGGUGGACAAACUGCAACAGGAUUUCAAGUGCUGCGGCAGCGACAGCUACCAAGACUGGACGAGCAGCGCGUACAUCGCGUCCAAGCGCGCCGACGGCCGGCUGGUGCCCGACAGCUGCUGUAAGUCGGUCACGCCCGACUGCGGCGUCCGGGACCACCCGUCCAACAUCUACAAGGUGGAGGGGGGCUGCAUCACCAAGCUGGAGCAGUUCCUGGCGGACCACCUGCUGGUCAUCGGGGCCGUGGGCAUCGGAGUGGCCUGUCUGCAGAUCUGUGGGAUGGUGCUCACCUGCUGCUUGUACAGGAGGAUCAAGAUGGAGCCUUACUGACGCGCUCCACGUCACCUGCGCUCCACAUUCUGGCUUUUUUUCUUUUUCCUUUAUGUGUUUGGUGAACAAUGGAGGCCUCCGGGAGCAUGUCUUGCCUUUAAGCUUCAUUAUGAGACAAACUGAAGGGGCUAUACUCACUUCACGCUUCAAUGGCGGUAAAAUGUUGUCUGCCAGCGUUGGUGCUCGUCAAUUAUGAAUGUGUCUGAAAUAUACAAAAAUGGCGCAGACACCGUACACAUUGCAUAACGUGCCUGGUAACAUAACCGAAAGGUGAGCUUUGAGUGUAAUGGCGCAUGUAUAUAUGGGAAGAAAGCAGAAUAGCCUUCGUACCUUGAAUUCCUCGUAUUUUCCUGCGACUGGCCACAAUAUUAGGCGCGCUGCCGUAUAAAAAAGGAGCCAAAAUAUGAGCAACAUCUCUUUUUAUUAUGCAGGAGAAAAUACAACCGCAUUCAUCCAUCUGACAUUGUCAAUCAAAACUGAUUAUUAUUGAAUCCUCUUUGAUGUACUGUAUAUGUUUUGCAUGUUCGUGCAGGUUUACCUCAUGAAGUGUCCAGUGAGUUUUUUUAUUUUAUAAUUAUAUAUAUAUUUUUAAGGGUAACUUCCACUCCUUUUUAAAAAUGAACCAUGACUGGUGCUAAUGAAAGGCAUUCACAUGCGCCAAAUAUUCUCUGUACCAUUCCACCAAAUUAAAAACAAAACGGAAAUCCA